CUCCGGUUCCCCAGGCUGCUAGGUGCUAGGCUGUCAGUGACAGGAAUGUCUCGGCCCGGAGAUGAGCUGCUGGGGACCCUUCCUUACCGGACUGAACCCCGGAGGAGCCCCCGUCUCAGCCUGUUCCACCUUAAGCUGACAGACUCGGCACUGCGCUGCCUGCGAGACUUCCAGAGGGGACAGGGAUCAGGACCCUCUUCAUUACAGCCUGUGAUUACCUUCCAAGGCAACCAAGGGUAUAUCAAGAUCCCAUCUCCUAGCCCAGGCUGUGAGGACAGAGUUCGAAUAUUUGCCUUCUAUCUCUCCAGGGAGAGUAAGGACAAGCCUCAGUCCAGUUUUGAGUGCAUAAGACAAGGCACAUCCUGGUCAGGGGAGAAGCAGCUCAGCUGCAUUGGCAGUAUACAAGACAAGAUCACCGUCUGUGCCACAGAUGAGUCCUAUCAGCUAACUCGGGACCGUGUGUCUCAGGUUGAGAAAGAAACUUGGAGCCGGACAGCCAUUGAGAUCAAACCUGAAGCUUCACAUCGAAGUAAAUAUGCGAAGAUCCCUGCUAAGAACACCGUGGAAGCCAAUAAGGAGGAAUCACAGUGCAGUCGUCGACCACAUGUGUUUCUAACUCCAGCCGCAAAAAAGUGUAACCGUGUUGGUGUCGAGAACAGGCCCCUCCAGGAAUGGGUUGUUCAUCUCCUAGCCCUUAAGCCUUACAAGAAACAGGACAUCAUUGCAAGGCUAGAAAAAGCAGGUGAAAACCUCAGGGAGCAGAAGGAGCUGCUGGCUACCCUGGAUCUGGUGGGGCAACUAAAUCCUAAAGAUGGCAGCUACAGCUUGAAAGAAGAGUUCUACAUCCAGGUGCAGACUGACUGGGUGGGAUAUAGCCCAGAGGAGAGGCAGCAUAUAGAAAGUACUCUGUCCAGGAAGCAUCUGAACAUUUCCGCAUCACGAAAUAUUCCGGCAUCAAUGCCAGCUCCUCCUCAGAGAACACAGCAUGGCCCCCCUUCUUCUUAUUCCAGUGCAAGAGGCCAGCACUCUGAAUCAAAACGUCCACAUGCUGCAGAGACUGCGGAUAAUGGCAGUUGUAAAAAAAUUAAAACAUCACAUUUGGAGAAACAUCAGAGACACUCAACGUCCCCCCCAGUUCUGAACUCAAACUCUAGCCAUCAGACUAGUCCAGAAACCUGUGCAAGUUUGUGCCCCGUGCCUGAAAAUCAUAGUGUUUACUCUCUACACACCCACAAAAAACAGAGUUACCAUCGGUCAGUGCCGAAGAGCCAAAACAGGGAAAGCCACAAGGAGAAAAUUCCAAGGGAAGCCCAGAACUCUGAAAAGGCCAAGCCCAGAGGGGCCACAUCCCAGUGUUCCCAAGCGCAAAAACAAUCUGAGUGGAACAAAGCAGGAAAGAAGGAGCAGGACUCCAGUGAAGAUGAAGAGGAGGAGGAUGACUGGGAAGAAGAAGCUCUUCAACUGGAACGAUGCCUCUGCUCUCCAGAAGAAAAGCCCCAGCGAGCAGAAUCCGCUUCUCCCUCUGCUGAGAUCCCGGAUUAUUGCAAGAAGUACAGGCCGAUUACAUCAGCAGAUCAAAGGCAAGUGUAUGAGAAGGACUUCACUGCAGAUUACACAGAGUAUCUGGAACUCCAUGCCAAAAUUGGCAAAGUGCAGGAUCGCUUUGUGCGGCUCGGAGCCAAAAUGAAGAAGCUUCAACAAGGAACAGUAGAGCACAAGAUGGUUGGAAAGAAAAUACUCGCAGAGUACAAGAAAUUCAAAAUGACGUACCCAGGAUAUCGAGAAGAAAAGGCCAAAUGUGAAUACUUACAUCACAAACUAUCACACAUUAAGCAACUGAUCCUGGAAUAUGAAAAAAAUCCCCCAACCUAGCUCAGUCAGUGCACAAAUAUGGAAAGAAAUACCGCACCAAAAGCAGGAACUCAACCAAUCUUGAAAGGUCACGAGAAGCCAAAGAUGAAAGGGAGGCUCCAUUGACAGCCGAGAGCCUAACUGGCAAAAGUUAUGAAUAAUGUGCCAUUCAAACAAAUGUGUAAAAAAAAAAAAAAAAAAAAAAAUUUGCAGCUCUGCCUUAGAAUUGACAUAUACUGCCUUACCUUUUGUCUCUUGUACAGGUAUUAAAACAAGUAGGAGGUGAGGGGGGGAAAAAAAAAAAGCUGGACAGCAUGAGAAUGAGAAUUGGAGGUCAAAAGUCUCAUAUAACAUAAGGUUACUGUAGACCAGAACCGUCUGUUUUCUGCAUAGUAUUGCAAUAUCCAAUACAGCAGAUGACUGGGGGUCCUACAUUAUCAGCCUCUGAUCGGUCAGGACAAAACACACACACAACUAUCCAACAGAUUAAUGCGCUACCAUAAAAUCAGGACUUUUUCAUCUUUUAUUGUGCAUGUUACCCUGUUGUCUCAGAAUAAUGAGGAUUUUAUUGAUGCCCUUCUGGAUGGGAGCAUGUGCAUGUAGAACCAUUAAACAUGGCUGCUUACAUCAUCAUUAUCUCAUAAAUAACCUAUUACAUAGAAAAUCACUAAUACCCCUGUGAUUGCCUAUCCCCCUGUCCCAAUUAUUUGAGUCAAAAGCCUAUUCAUUCUCCAAAAUGAUGUGGAUAGUUAGAUUCUCUAGCUUCUGAAUCAGGAAUCCAUUGAAUGAUUCUAUAACCUUAUAAGAAGUGAAAUAAAGUGAUGUAUUGUAUGUAUUGAUCUGUAAUCAAAUUGUCCAACUUACCUCUGUAACUAAAAGAUUGUCAACUGGCCUUAUAUUACACUCUGCUUACAAUAUCACUGGAAGCAUGUCUGCAAUGAGAACCAUCCUCUAACUCCAGGAUCCCCAACCUUUUUUUAUUUGUGAGCCACACAAGCAUGAAGAGUUUUUUGGGGUGCCAAAUAAGAGCUGUGAUUGGCUAUUCGGUAGCCUCAUGUGGACUGCUAGCCUGCAGGAGGCUCUGCUUGGAGUAAAACUUUAUGCUUCUAAAACCUUUCUCCAAGGCAGAGAUUUAAAAAUGGGCCCCUACUUUGAAGCCAUUGAGGGCAACAUCAAAGGGGGUGGUGAGCAACAUGUUGCUCGCGAGUCACUGGUUGGGGAUCACUGCACUUAACUCCUGACCAAAAUAUUCACUUCCAGUCAGAAAUCCCUUGGUUUCUACAAUGUGACUGCACUAAAACAGAAGCAGGAACCAAAUGCUGAACUUACCUGUUGCAUGGAGCAGUUUUGUUACCCAAGCUGGAAAAACAUGAAGCUGUAAAAUAAAACCUUUGCUUUUACUGAA